AUGGACGGCAGUACGAUACUCCUGGCUUUCAACAACAUUUAUUUUGCAAUUUUUGCUUUAUUUUGUUUCAAGCUUUUGAUUAAAAUCUCUUUGGCUUUAUUGACCCAUUUUUAUAUUGUGAAAGGGAACAGGAAAGAAGCUGCCAGAAUUGCAGAAGAGAUCUAUGGAAUAGCUCCAGGCUCCUGGGUAGAUAGAUCUCCCCUUCACGAAGCUGCACUUCAGGGACGUCUCCUGACUUUAAAAACCUUAAUAGCACAGGGUUUCAAUGUGAAUAUUAUUACAUUAGAUCGUGUUUCUGCUCUUCAUGAGGCUUGUCUGGGUGGACAUGUUGCUUGUGCAAAAGUAUUACUAGAACAUGGUGCUUGCGUGAAUGCUGUGACUGUAGAUGGGAUGACGCCUCUGUUUAAUGCUUGCUGCAGCGGCAGUGCAGCCUGUGUCGACAUGCUCCUUGAAUUUGGUGCAAGGCCUCAACUGGAGAACCACUUGGCUUCCCCAAUUCAUGAAGCUGUCAAGAGAGGACACAGAGAAUGUAUGGAAAUUCUUUUAGCCAAUAAUGUGGAUAUGGACCAAGAUGACCCAAAGUUUGGAACACCACUUUAUGUGGCUUGUGUGCAUCAGAGAACAGAUUGUGUAAAGAAACUUCUAGAAUUAGGAGCCAGUGUCGACCAGGGGAAACGACUGGACACCCCACUUCAUGCAGCUGCUAGAAAAUCUAGUGCAGAAAUUAUCAACUUGUUAACAGAUUAUGGGGCCAGUCUGAAGUGCAGAAACUCUGAAUGCAAAUGUGCCCUUGAUCUUGCUGCACCUAACAGCUCUGUUGAACAGGCGUUGUUGCUUCGAGAAGGCCCUCCAAGACUUGCCCAGCUGUGUCGCCUGUGUAUCCGAAAGUCCUUGGGUCGAUCAUGUCUUUAUGUGGUCCACAAACUACAUCUUCCUCAGCAACUUGAAAAUUUCCUUUUGUUUCGAUAG